AGGGGAAGCCCCUCCCACGCGGUUGACAACGCGUGCUGCAUGUUUCCAGCAUGGCUUCCUCCGCUAAGAGAAGAGCGGUCGGUUUAGGCAGCGACCCAAAUCAAGACGAAAACAGUUCCGAGGAGGACCUGAGCAAUGACGGCGACUCCGGAGAGGAAGACAGUGAAGGGUCGGAGGAGGAGAUUAACGAGGAGGUGAUGGUGGACUUCGAAGCCCACGCCAUUACACACAAUGAUCACAACGGCAUCAAAAAACUUCUUCAGCAGCUGUUUCUGAAGGCUCAUGUGGACGUGUCGGAGAUGACCGACAUCAUCAUCCAACAAAAUCACAUCGGAAGUGUCAUCAAGCAAAGUGAGGUGCCAGAGGACAGUGACGAUGAAGACCCCGAUGAGGUGUUUGGCUUCAUCUCAAUGCUGAACCUGACAGAGAGAAAGGGUGUGAAGUGUUUGGAGGAUGUGAAAGAGCUGAUCAUAGACCAGUGUGAGAAGAACUCUCAUAGUCAAGUGGAGCAGUUGGAGAAGAUCCUGGAUGACACCAGUAAUCCUGUUGGCUUUUUGCUGAGUGAGCGCUUCAUCAACGUGCCUCCACAGAUUGCACUUCCCCUGCACAAACAGCUCCAGGAGGAAAUAUUGGAAGCUCAGAGGACAAACAAACCAAGUGGAAAGUGCAACUACUUUCUCAUGAUCUGCAAGACCUGCAGGGAAGCUAGUAAGAGCAUUCCAGCCAGAGGGGGCGCUCCAAAAGAAGACUACAUGUUCGUCAACGCAGAGGAAGAGUUUUUCUAUGAGCAAGCGUCCAUCAAGUUCCACUUCUCGGUUCAGGAGGAGACGGACUCAUGCCUGAGCGGUCGCUGGUCUUUUGAUGACGUUCCCAUGAAGCCGUUCCGGACUGUCAUGUUGAUCCCCACUGACAGAAUUCCCACAAUUAUGGACAAACUGAAGGAGUAUCUGACUGUGUGAUUUUGCAAUAAAAUCAAAGAUCUUAUCAAAUCAUGACACCAUUCGCACCAGGGAAAUUUCCUCUCACCACAUUUAAGCGUUCAUCAGAAGCAAAGCACAAUUCAUGUGCUAAACCCUUGUGAUCACAAGAACCAACAUAAGUUCUAAACCUUGUGUGAACCAAAAUGUCUCCCGACAAAUUAUGUAUUCCCCUUUUUGAAUAAAUGGUUUGCAUAUUAACUACCUUUGAAUGGGUCACAUGAUCAAACUGGACCUGCUUUGACAAGAAAUUCCAUGAGUACAUGACUGAUGUACAACAGAACAAGUUAUGAGAUGGAAAAGGAGAUUGUUUCACAAAACAAACCAUAAAGGACAGGAAAAUGAAUUAGAUUUUUAAGGAAAAAUGUUCACAUAUAUAAAGCUAUUAAUUGAAAAUAAGCAUUGUUUUUUAUGUGGAUCAUCGGGAUAUCUUAAAAAUAAAAAUACU